AUGAAUCCGAGUAGUUCCUUGGUAGUAUCCGCCUGUGUAGGGCCUGCCAGUGCCGUACACACGGUAUGUGCCAGUAUGACCCCCGUUACCAGGACUACCAGUGCCAUACGGAUAGUUAGUAUGCCCACGGCCCUGGGAGCCUGUGUACACACCCGGUCCAUAAGAGGUACCUCCAUAGUUAUAACGUCCAGUUCCCUGCUGGCCAGUUACCCCAUAAUAGCCGUUUGGAGUGCCGGUCCCACUCCAGCGUCUGGUCUGUCCAGUGUAGUAGUAAUUAUAAGUCCCGGUGCCAUACGUCUCAGUGGUGUAGGCGCUGGACAAUGAUGAACAAGUGAGUAUUAUGGCAAAUGCCAUGAUAUGACCCGGUAACAUUUUAUGAUAAUCCUGAUGAAAAUGCAAAUAUAUUAAUAGUUUUGGUAAAUAAUCCUAAAAUAAAUUUUUAAUGUUUAGCUGAUAAACUAUACUUAAAAAUAAUAGUUUUAAAUGAAUUUAAUUUUUAUUACU